AUGCCCAUCACGAAAGCAUUCCGAAAAGCUGUUCGGCACAUGUUGUGGUUCGGGUUGGACGGCGGAUCGCAGCUGAAUGUGCCGGUGGGGAGGUGCCUCACCGGCAGCUUCAACCUGAUCAACAAUUUCACAUUGUUUCUUGAACAAUGCCCUGUGAUUCUUCUCACUCUUCGGUUGUAA